AUGCGCCAAACGCUACGUCGGUCCUGCGCUGCCUGUUUUAAGUCUAAAAUUAGCUGUGAUCUUCGUACGCCCCGCUGCUCUCGUUGCAACAAGCGUCAAAUACAAUGCGUCUAUGCCAAUGAACCCUGGGCGGCGCCGGCUGCCCCCGGCAGAGAAGAGAGCGCUCUAACAAAACGGGACGUGUCCGUUUCAUUGACCGACUGCACAUUUGGAUCGCUCGAUCCAUUCGAUUCUUAUCCUCAGACACGAUUUCCGCGGGAACAAGUCCAACGUCUCAUAUAUGGCUUCCUUCAUAAAAUCGCUUUUCAAUAUUACCCUCUUGAUAUGAGCACCACAUCAAAUCCAUUCCUUAUCUCUUGGUGGCCGCUUGCUCUCGGCGAUCCGGCUUUAUUCCAUGUUUCCUUACAAACGGCAUGCCUUGAUGAAGAGUUGUUGGCGCAAAAAGGGUUCCAAUCCUCAGAACUUCUUAUGGCGGAUUCUGUCGCUUUAUUAAGGCGCAAAGUUGAGAAUAUGUCACUGGCUGUACAAGACGGUACUAUGAACUCCGUUAUCACCUUGGCAGCCAUCGAGUUUGGCAAAGGGAAUAUCGAAGUCAGCCAAAUGCACGUUGAUGGAGUGAAGAAAUUGGUCAACAUGAGAGGUGGCAUCAAUUCAGUGAGACAGACCAGUCCGCUUACUGCGCGAAUGGUCAGCUGGGUGUCAAUGCUCAUCAUGGGCCAUCCUCAGUUCGACACUCAAGACGACGUCGGUCUUGGAGAUGGUAUACCUUGCAUCCCGGAAUGGCAGCUGGACCCAACCGCCCUUAAUGAAUUGUCCGGAUUCAAUAAUAUCGACGUCGACUAUGAUGUUUGGAAUGUUUUCAUACGUCUCCGCAGCGUGCUAGAACGAUCACAGCGAAUGCCUUUCUCACCAACACAACUUCACGACCUCACCUGCUUUGUCGUACAUCGACUUCUUCUUUCUACCCCGAACACGGAAAACCCCCAGCCGUCACCAAUCACUGAGUCUCUUCGCUACGCAAUUAUAAUAUAUAUGCUCAUCAUCCAGGGGCCAACGUACUACUCACAUGCAGUCAUUAUGAAUUCAAUGGUCACCCGGUUUGUGGAAUGUUUCAAACAACUCGAAUCAGCACCUCGCGUGUAUGAUCCACUUGAUGUUUGGUUUAUUUCAAUUGGACUGUUGACUUCCACGGGCACACCCAACUACGAAUGGUUUAUUGAGAAAGCACAGGUUGUCUCAGCAUCUUUGCAGUUGAAUGAUUUCGAAGAUGCCCUCGUCCAAAUUAAGAGCGUCCUGUGGUUGGAAACACCACAGGGUGACGAAAACUUUCGAUCACAUUGGGAUCAUGUUCUCAAUGUUGAGAAUACACCGCAGUCUCUGCAAUCUUUGCAACUCACUUUCAGUGUCUCCCCGAGAAGCAACAGUCCAGGAAUUCUAUAA